AAUUUAACAAAUUUGGUUUAAUUCGGUAAUAUUUGAAUUCUGUUGGUUGUUAUUUGAUUAUUUGGGUUUUACUUGCUUUUGUUCAAUAUUUAAAAUACUACAAGGGGUUGUGGCUAGUUCUUUGCGCAAUCUGGCAGUCUGGUUCUUAGCAUUGUCUGGCAACGUUGUUUCGCUUUACUGUGACUGAAAAAAAGAAGAAGAAGAACUCCGGAUGAGCUGCCUGUGUUUUUAACAUUUAACAAUUGCUUAAAAAUUAAUGAAACAGGGCUAUAAUUUUCAUGUCUGACACGCGCAAGGAUCGUUGCAAACCAUACGCCUGUCGCAUACAAGAUUGCUUGAGCAAGAAUAACUACCAGGAAGAUAAAUGCCUGGAUGUCCUAGAGGAUAUGCGCCAGUGCUGUCUAAAGUGGCAUAAGGUAUCAGUCUGCUGCAGUGGAAUCGAUCUGGAGAAGAGCUAUUUGCCAGAAGAAAAGAAACCAUCCGCCAAGUCAAAAAAAUAAUGUCCGCACCGCAGUACAAGCCACCAAAAGAAAUUCAAGACUUGUUAGACAAAAAGCA